CCUUACUAAAAACCCCAAAAAAAGAGGAAAGAUUUACAAAAGAAUUAAUCUUUCUUUUUUGCCACCAUGAACAACCACAAUAAAGAAAAGCUAGUAGUAGAAGUAAUAGGAGCACAUAACUUAAUGCCUAAAGAUGGGGAAGGUUCAUCAUCUCCAUUUGUAGAAGUUGAUUUUGAUAAUCAAAGAUUAAAAACUGAAGUGAAGUAUAAAGACCUUAAUCCCGUUUGGAAUGAAAAGCUUAUUUUCAACGUUAAAGAUGUUGCUGAUCUUCCAUACAGGACACUAGAGGUGAAUGUUUAUAAUGAAAAAAGUUCAAGUAAUAGUAGAAAUUUUCUGGGUAAAGUUAGGAUUUCUGGGUCUAAUAUUGCUAAAGAAGGUGAAGAAAUGGCACAACUUUAUACCCUUGAUAAAAGGAGUCUUUUUUCCCAUGUUAGAGGUGAGAUUACUUUGAAACUUUAUGUUUCUUCUAGGGAUGAUUUUGGGGUUGAGACAAAACAAGUGAUAAAUUUCUCAAAUGUUAGUAAUUCUUCUGUUUCAAUGGUGGAAAAUGACGGUGGAGGGAAGAGGAAGAAGAAAGGUGGGCAGAUUCAGCAACAAAAUGAGCAAAUUAUGGUGGGGAAUGAUGGUGGGAGGAAGGAGAAUCAUGCAUUUCAGCCAAAAAUUGGGGAUUUUGGGAAGAACCCUAGUGAGAUUAAGCCAGUUGUGGUGACUACCCUUCAAAAUAAUGGUGGGGUUGGUGGUGGGAAUGGAAAUGUGGGUGUUGGGAGGAGUGUUUUGGGGAUUUUCCCAAAUGGGUCUAAUGAGUUUUCCCUUAAAGAAACAAGUCCUCAUUUGGGUGGUGGCCCACAAAGUAAGGAUAAAACUAGCUCAACUUAUGAUCUUGUUGAACAAAUGCAAUAUUUGUAUGUUAGAAUUGUGAAAGCUAGAGACUUUUCAGUCAUGGGGGGAGGGGAAGUGUUGGGUGAGGUUAAGUUAGGGAAUUAUAAAGGAGUUACGAAAAGGGUUAGUUCAAAUCAUGCUGAAUGGGAUCAAGUUUUUGCCUUUUCUAAGGAUUGUAUUCAGUCAUCAAUGGUGGAAGUUUUUGUUAAGGAGAAGGAAAAAGAUGAGUUUUUGGGUAGAAUUUGGUUUGACUUGAAUGAAAUUCCUAAGAGGGCCCCACCAGAUAGUCAACUUGCACCUCAAUGGCAUAGAAUGGAGGAUAAAAGAGGGGAUAAGUCAAAAUGUGGUGAAGUUAUGGUUUCUGUUUGGUUUGGUACUCAAGCUGAUGAAGCAUUUGCUGAAGCAUGGCAUUCUAAAGCAGCAAAUGUUCAUCUUGAUGGGCUUUGUUCAAUCAAAUCAAAGGUAUAUCUUUCUCCUAAGUUAUGGUAUUUAAGGGUUAAUAUCAUUGAAGCACAAGAUAUUGUGUUAGGUGAAAAGGGUUCAUCUGUAAUGAGAUAUCCUGAGUUUUUUGUUAAAGUUCAGGUAGGAAGUCAGGUUUUAAGAACUAAAAUUUCACCUCCUGGUACAAAUAGGGCUGUUUCCAACCCUUUUUGGGAUGAAGACUUGAUAUUUGUGGUUCCUGAGCCUUUUGAGGAUUGUUUGUUGGUGUCGAUUGAGGACCGCCUUAUGCCCGGUAGAGAGGAGGUUGUCGGCCGUCUCCUCAUACCCUUAGGAGCCAUUGAAAGAAGGUGGGAUGAUAAGAUAGUACCUUCAAAAUGGUUCCACAUUGACCAUCAUAAUAGCCUCUCUUUUAGUAACCCUUCGGAUCCCUCAAAAAGUCGGUUUGGGUCUCGGGUUCAUAUUAGGGCAAGUCUAGAUGGUGGGUACCAUGUCUUAGAUGAGGCCACCAUGUAUAGUAGUGACCUUAGGCCUACUGCUAAACAGCUUUGGAAGCCUCAUAUUGGUGUUCUUGAGAUGGGUAUUUUGGGUGCAACCGGGCUUAUGCCUAUGAAGAUUAGGGAAGGUAAAGGAGGGACAACUGAUGCUUAUUGUGUGGCUAAAUACGGUCAAAAGUGGGUUCGAACACGAACUGUGGUCGAUUCUGUUUCGCCUAAAUGGAACGAGCAGUAUACUUGGGAGGUGUUUGAUCCUUGCACUGUGAUAACCAUUGGUGUGUUUGACAAUUGUAGGAUUGAUAAGAACAUUGCUGGUACCGGGGUAAGGGAUUCUCGUAUUGGGAAGGUUCGGAUUAGGCUAUCGACACUAGAAACCGAUAGGGUUUAUACUCAUUCAUACCCUCUUUUGGUGUUGCACCCUUCUGGUGUGAAGAAAAUGGGUGAGCUUCACUUAGCUGUGAGAUUUUCAUGUGAAAAUGUUGGAAACAUGCUUCAUAUGUAUACAAUGCCCUUACUUCCUAAGAUGCAUUACGUGCAUCCUUUGUCGGUGAAUCAGCUUGAAACCCUUCGCUUUCAAGCAAUGAAUGUGGUGGCUACUAGAUUUAGUCGAGCCGAGCCCUCUUUGGGCCGAGAGGUGGUGGAAUACAUGCUUGAUCAUGACUCCCAUAUGUGGAGUAUGAGGAAGAGCAAAGCGAAUUUCUUUCGACUGAUGGCCGUGCUUCAAGGUCUUAUCGGUCUGGCUCGUUGGGCUGAGGCGAUCCGGUCUUGGCAGCGACCGGUUUACUCGUCGUUUUUUGUGAUUGUAUUCGUAUUGUUAGUCACAUAUCCUGAGCUCAUAAUCCCUACAAUGCUUAUAUACAUGGCACUUGUAGGGAUGUGGAUGUACAAGUCAAGACCGCGACAUCCUCCUCAUAUGGACACACGACUUUCCCAUGCUGAAAACGUGUACCAUGAUGAACUCGAUGAAGAGUUCGAUACUUUUCCUUCGUCUAGGAACCCAGAGCUCGUGAGAAUGAGAUACGACAGGCUUCGUAGUGUGGCGGGGAGGAUACAAACGGUCGUAGGAGACAUGGCAACUCAAGGAGAAAGAUUCCAAGCAUUGUUGAGUUGGAGGGAUCCAAGGGCUACGUUCUUGUUCGUGAUCUUGUGCUUGCUCGCUGCCAUCGGAUUCUAUAUGGUUCCGAUCAAGGUUGUGGUCGCGUUGUCGGGAAUUUACUAUCUAAGGCCACCAAGAUUUAGGAGCAAAUUGCCUCCUCAGAUUUUUAGCUUCUUUAGAAGGCUGCCUUCCAAAGCUGAUAGCUUAUUGUGAGAAGAUUAUCAAGUAUUUUGUAUUAAUGGCUUAUGUAUUUUGACCUUAAUAUUAGGAUGCUAAUUAUACUUUGUUUUAGGUGAGUAUUAGAAAUUGACUCUUAACGUAAUCUUUUGUAUUUUGGCAAUUCUUAGGAGUUGGAACUUAGAAAUGGUUGUUGGUGGCUUCUGUCCGAUGUAUUGAUUGCCUAAAUCUUAUAUGUAAUUAU